UCACAACCAUAAGCACAUUAAGUUUCAAAACCACUGAUAACAAUGAUGAAGAAUUACAUCCUCCUUUUCUCUUUUGUUACUUUCCUAGCAACCUGUCAUGGUGAUGUUGCAAACCAUGAACACGGUUCAAACUUCAACAUUUUCCCACUCCGAAUGAAAACUGGCCUGGGUGAAGAAUACAUUCCAGAAGUGAUAGCACUGAAAUGUUCUAGCUGGAGACUUGGUGUUGAAACACGCAACAUUAUUAGCUUCAAAGCUAUUCCAAAAGAAUGUGGAGCAUAUAUUAGUAAUUAUUUACAAGGUGACCAAUAUAGAUCUGACUCUAAAACUGUUAACCGUGAAGGUUUUUUCUAUCUUAAGACUCUUAAUCUUAAGGGAGAUGGAAAAGAUGUUUGGGUAUUUGACCUUGAUGACACUGUACUCUCUAAUCUUCCAUAUUAUGUCAAACAUGGAUUUGGGACUGAAUCAGCCAAUGUAACUGCGUUUAAUGAAUGGAUUAACCUUGGAGAAGCACCAGCACUACCAGAGACACUGAAAUUAUACAACAAAUUGUUGGCUGCUGGUGUGAAGAUUGUGUUCUUAUCAGGAAGAUCAUUGAAGCGAAAGGAAAUAACAGAAAAGAACUUGAAACUUGCUGGCUACAACACUUAUGAAAAACUAAUCUUGAAGGAUUUAUCAAUUUAUCGUCGUACGUCAACAAUUACAUACAAAUCAGCUGAGAGGAAGAAGCUUGAGGAAGAAGGUUACAGAAUCAUUGGAAACAGUGGUGAUCAAUGGGGUGAUAUUCUUGGAACCAACACUGGUGCUAGAACUUUCAAGCUCCCAAAUCCACUCUACAUCGUUAAUUAAUUAAGUUUUAAAUAUUUAGCUACUUGAUUAGUGGAUUAAUCAUCUUUUAUUCUAUAUGAAACUUUCGUAUCAUGUAAUAACAUCCAUUUCAAGUUAGCUACUUUCUGUUUCCUAAAAUAAAAGUCCUUCGUUUCUAUGUUGUUUCAAA